AUGGAUAAGAAGACCGGAAAGGGUAGGCAAAAGAUUGAAAUGAAGUUGAUUGAGUCUAAGGAAGCACACGAUAUUGGUAUUUUACUCUUUUCACCAAGUGGAAAACCAUAUUCCUAUGGCUCCACGAGUAUAGAUGAAAUAACUGAUAAAUUUUUUUAUUUAAAACUUGAUGAUCGCCAAGGUGAAGGUGAUCAUGCCGAUGUGGGAAAAUCAAAUGUCUUUGAGGCAUUUGAAGAACUUCGUAAAGAAAUACAAGCAUUGGACAAGAAACAAAAAGAGCACCCUCACUCAGACAUAUUGUUACACAAAUACAUGUUGGAGGAGUACAUGGCAAUCAAGUUGCGAUUAGACAACAUUAAAAAGGACAGAAAAGGUAAAUCUGUCCAUGAGCCUGAAAAGGAGGAGAGUUCUUGA